AUGCCUUUUCCAAUGAGAAUCCAGCCGAUCGAUGUCAUCCGUAAUGACGCCGUCAAACCGCCGGUGCUGAGGUCGCGGCUGAAGCGACUUUUCGACCGCCCGUUCACCAGCGUUCUGAAGAUCUCGUCGGCCGACAAGCAGGCAGGCGGAGGCGAGAAGGACGGCGGCGGUGCGGCCGAUUUCGAGCCGAGCUCCGUUUGUUUGGACAAAUUGGUGCAGAGCUUCAUCGAGGACAGCAACGAGAAGCAGUCCUCCGCCGCCUCCACGAAGUACGGCAGGCACCGCUGCAACUGCUUCAACGGCAACAGCAACGACAGCUCUGACGACGACGACGAGGAGCUCUGCUUCUUCUCCGACUCGUUAACAGCAAAUUCCUCCGUCAUCGACCCUUCCGAUACUCUCAAGAGCUUGAUACCCUGCGCGAGCGUUGCGGAGAGGAAUCUGUUGGCCGACACUUCCAAAAUGGUCGAGAGCAACAACAGAGCCUGCAAAAAGAAAGACGAUCUGCGAAAAAUCGUCGCCGACGGCCUGAUUGCCCUCGGUUACGACGCCGCUGUCUGCAAAUCUAAAUGGGAAAAAUCAUCCUCCAUCCCUGCCGGCGAAUACGAGUACAUAGAUGUGAUUGUAAAAGGGGAGAGGAUAAUAAUCGACGUUGAUUUCCGAUCGGAGUUCGAGAUCGCGCGGUCGACGAGCGGCUACAGGACGGUCCUGCAGUGCCUGCCGUCGAUUUUCGUCGGAAAAUCCGAUCGCCUCCUGCAAAUUCUGACCAUCGCGUCGGAGGCCGCCACGCAGAGCCUGAGGAAGAAAGGGAUGCACAUCGCGCCCUGGCGCAAGGUGGAAUACACCAAGUCAAAGUGGCUCAGCCCCCACACGCGCGCGCCCGAGCCGAGGUUGAGCGGCGGCGCCGUCGACGUGCCUGCCGGAGAGCAGCCAGAGGCGGAGGUUGUGGAAGCCACGGUGAGCGAGUGCGGGGAGCUGGAUCUGAUUUUCGGGGAGGGGACGACCUCGUCGUCCGAGUGUGCUGCGGAGGAGCGCGAAUCGCCGGCGAGGGUCACAGGAGAGGCUACGGCGGCGACGGCUUGGAAGCUGCCGGAGGUGAGGGCGAGGAGUUUGGAGAGGGGGAAUAAGACGGUGGUGGUCGCCGGCUUGGCUUCUCUCCUCAGUGAAAAACUCUAA